AAUCGCGAGUCCUCUGGCAUUGAGAGUGUCCAUGGGCGGUGGUAUCACUUAACAUCAGGUGAGCCUCCUGAAAGCACCCCAAAUUUUGUGUCCAUCCCCACAUAACUAAUUUUCUAAAUUUCUAAUUUCUGAAAAAUUCUAUCUAACACUGUUUCCGGGGGUCGUUGAAUUUUACUGUGUAUGGAAAUUGGAAACCAGAGGUCUGUACAAAUUUAAAACUGUGUUCACAAUUUCUCAACGUUGCGCCGGCUACUCAAACCAUUCAGUUUUAGACAAACAAUUUGAAAAUGGAACACCAAACUACCGUUUCCUAUCACUGCCCUAAGUAGCUGACCAAAGUGUUUUCGAGCACAAUCCCCCUCUACCUGCCUAUGGACGGGCUGCCGUCUUUUCUGUGGUCGGAAACUGAGGCACAAUAAUUCUGGCGCGCCGAUGUGCUGAUCGACCCAAUAGAAGACGCCUGAAUUUCAGCCCCAAGCUACACACACGCCAAUUUGCAAAUGAUAAUGGUCUUAUGGUUGAAGGACCAUAUAGUGAUGAUGGACAGCCUGAACCAUUUGAUAAACUUGGACAAAAUCGAAACGAAAAGGAGUCUGUAUUGCAAAAUCUAGAAAACAUUAUUAAUGAUAAACCACCCAGUGAAAUACCAGAUAACUCAGACAUGGCUCCUAAUUAUGUUUGUAAGGUGUGCCAUCUAGUCUUUCAAUCACCUAAAACUUUAAGAAUGCACCAGAGAAGAAAACAUAAGGUAUUUCGAAGGUCUUUCAAACACAUAUGUGAUUACUGUAGUAUGUCAUAUGAAACAAAAAAUAGUCUUGUUGCUCAUAUUAAAAGAAAACACGGACCAGAUUCAACACAAGAUGAUGUAGAGGAAAGGACAUGUGAAAUAUGUGCAUUAGUUUUCAAAGGCAUGGGCAGACUACGCAUGCAUAUGCGGAGAAAACAUGGUUCUUUUAAAGAAUCUUUUAAACAUGUUUGCAAAGAGUGUGGUCUUACUUAUGAAAAACAUAGAAGUUUGAUUGUGCAUAUAAGAAGAAAGCAUUCAGGAAUCAUUAAAGUGGAAGAUAGAUAUUUCAAUUGCCCAUUUUGUCCAAUGGUUUAUAAUAAACGUGAAACAUAUGCAAGACAUGUACAUAGAAAACAUAGAAGAAGUGAUGAUGAUUCUAAUCGUAAACUAAAUAAUGAUAUAAUGGGCAACAUAAAAAAUACAGAAACUGGUGAACUAUGUUGCACUGAAUGUCCAUUGGUGUUUUCAACACUAACUUAUUUGAAAUUGCAUAUGCGAAGAAAGCACAAUGCUAUGAAAGAAGAUUUUCGUCUGAAAUGUAAAAUAUGCAAUUUAUCCUAUGAUAAAAUUGAGAGUUUAAAAAGACAUGUACGUAGAAAACAUGACAAGGUGACAUAUUGUGAUAUCUGUAGAAGACAAUUUGACACACAUGAAGCUUACUUAGGCCACACGCAUGCUAAGAUUGCAAGAGAAUGUCCAGUCUGUGGUCUUAUUUUUGCAUCCCAAAGUGGAUUAGGUAAACAUCUACGUUGUGCUCAUGAAAUUGCUAAGCCAAAGACAGUUAUUUGUCACCUUUGUAAUGCAGCUUUUCAUACCAAGAGACAGUUGAAACCUCACUUUUUACGAGAACAUUUAAAAGUAUCCUAUACAUGUCAAUUCUGUAAAAAAGUGUUAAAGUCAAAAGAAACUUAUACACGACAUAUUCUUAUAAAGCAUCAUAAUGAUAAACCUGCUAGUGAUUUACAAAUAUGUGAACAUUGUGCUGCUACAUUUCCAAAUGAAUUGGAACUUAGACAACAUUGUAGUGAAGUACAUAACACAAAUGAACUAAAUGAUUCAGAUGAUGUUGUAAAAAAAGAAUUAGAAUCUGAUGUUGCAAAGGUAUCAAAUGAUGUUGUUAUAAAGAAAGAAGAAGUUGAUAUACCAACAAAAUAUCAGUGUACAAAAUGUCCAGAUUUUUAUCCCAAUUGGGAUCAAUUAAAAUUGCAUUAUGAACAAAACCAUUAUGUGGCUAAGGAAACACAAUGUCAACUUUGUGGGGAAUUGGUACCAGAUAAUGAAUUAGCAAAGCACAUCAAAUCACAUAAUGAUACAACAGUACAAUGCAGGUAUUGUGAUUUCUCUUCAAACAAUAGGGCAAGUAUGACCCAACAUUUGCUGAGACACAAAAAUGCAACAACAAUUAAUUGUAGUUUUGAAAACUGCAAAUAUAAAACUUUCUAUGAAGAUGCUAUGGAGAAACAUAAGAAAAAACAUAUCGAUCAAGGCGUAAAACUUCAAUGUACACAGUGCCCUUUUCAAACAAUGAAUAAAUAUAUUUUAAAGUAUCAUGAAGAAGCACAUGUAACUGGAAAGAAACGUUAUGCAUGUGAUCAAUGUGAUUAUGCUACCGUUCUACCAGCUGCAUUAGUUCAACAUAAAUAUAAACAUUCCACAGAAAAGAGAUUUAAGUGUGAGGUGUGCCCAUUUGCUACCAAGUACAAUACGUCAUUACGUUUUCACGUUAAAAAGAAGCACUGUGAUCUUCCUUCAUGAUCAUAUUAUAUGCACUGCAUAAUAUUAUAUGAACUCUGUUAUAUAUGCAGUCACAUUAUAAUAUUUUAUAUUAUUAAAAAAAAUGGU